UGGCAGUCUAUGCACACGCCUAUUUAUAACUUCGUGAUCUACGAUUCAACCCAUAUCUGUCGCGACCAACCUUUUUCUACUUUUGCUCCGUAUUUUCUACCCUACCCUGCAAUACAUAUAGCAUAGCCCCGUCCUAAUGGUGCCGCAGGCCUUUCUCACCCAGCUCCUGCUUCUUCUCGCUAUCUUCAGCGGCAACGCACUAGCCAGACGAGGCGGGGGAGGUGAUUCUGACAGCGACAGCGACAGCGGCGAUGACAGCAGUGGUGGAAGCGGCGGCGGUUCAGGUUCACCAAAAUGUGAAAAUACAAACAACCUUCUGAGCACGGUAUACCUUGUCCCCGGAAAUGCCUGGAACUGGACAUCCCAAGGCAGUAGAAAAACAGACGCCAGCCCAACAGAAUACGACGGCUCUUACUUCCAGGGAGAAGGACAGCUUUCGUACAACAUUACGGGUGGAUCGCGAUGUCCUGGCGCAAACGGGGAGCUUCGGCUCCUAGGAUACGCCUGGGUUGGACCCCAACCGCCUUAUCCUACCGGACCCCUCAACCCGUUCAUCGUUGGAUUCAAGGCUUGGGAAUCUGACGCGCCAGUCAGCGAGAUCCACACCUCCUAUAAACCUAUCAAGUUGACAGAGGAUAGUGUUUGUCCUGGGGAUCCGGAUCUCUUUCAGGCUGUCACGACUAGAGGUUGGACGGACUUGGAGGCUCAUACAUUCGGUGCCUCGGACGUGAUGAUCAUGAAUGUCUCCUCGGAUUCAACUGCUUCAGCCGCCGUGCGUUUCAAUGCUACUACUGCUUCCGACCCCAAACCGGCAUUCGGUGUGGGUGAGGGCGCGGUGCGUCUCCCUGGGCGUACUUGUGAUUCGGACGGCUUACACAUGGGCUGGCCCCCUACAACGAUGUUGAAUGGGACCGUGACGAACACUACCCUGGAGCUCAGGUUUGUUGGUUCGGUUAACACCUCAUCCGACUAUAAAUACUAUGAAGGUCGCCAGGAUAAUCUACAUAUCGAAUUUGCCGUUACCUUUUCGGGGCAAUUCGAUAGUAUCAAUUCCACUAAGGCGUUGAACAUUCAUUCGCGCAACCAGACUCUUGCAUGGGUGCCGAAUAACGGUGUCCGGGUUCUGCCGGGUCGUUGGUGGUACAUGUUGAUGUGGGUUGUUGGGAUAGGUAUGGCAAACUGUAACCAAUGGUAGAUACGAGGUACUGUUGGGUUUAUUGUACUCAUAUAUACCCUCUUCGAUGGUUCAUUGGAAGUAUGGAAGCAACAAGUGGGUUUAGUACCUGCUGGCAAGACAUGAACAUGAGCAUGGUGGUCCGCAACUCCGCCAAAAAAACAACUCGGAUAUAGAGUCUGGGUCUCACAUGCUGG